CUCCCAACUGAUGAGAGCAUCGUGACCCGCGGACACCUUCAGCUCUUUCCUGAUUCGCAGAAGACCUACCUGCCCGCCCCGGCCGCCUCCUCCAGAUGUGUGGGGUCCCUCUGGUGGGGUGGAGGCCCGUCCAGCUUCCGGAGGGCAGCCGGAAGGCCCUGGUCGCCAGAGGCCUGCUCGGCGCGGCGGGCGGCUCAGUUUUGUACCUGGGAAUUGCCCACAACUUACCGCUGACCUUUGACCUGAAGCUGGCAGUAGGGUUUGCAUUUGUUGGUGUGUGUAUCAUAGGUGGAUUCCUGUCCUCGUCCUUCAGGUGUACCAUCCUCCUCACGUUACCCAGCAUCCUCGGCUCUCGUGGCCGUUCCUACCUGAUGGUUAUGAUUGUGAUGAUUCUGUACAGAGGUCCGAUCUCGAACAUGGAGCGGAACGCCGAGGCGGCGGCGCUGUCGCUCAGCUGCAACCUGGACCUGCAGGUGGAGCACAGCAUGGUGCUGUGGCGGCUCGCCGCCAGGCCCUUCCUGCUGGUUGCCAAGCAACUGAUGAAAGAUAAAGUGGAGUUUGAGUCGGACUCUCUGGACACCAGUAGGAAGUUCCAGAACAUCCAGGACGAAGUUCUGCAGCAGUACGGAUAUGAUCCGAUCAAACAGAAACCCGGCGGCGCCGCCCAGGGAAACAGCACUCAGGAGCAGUUCGCCUCCAACACCAGGAGGCGCUGUGACGGUGUGGUGGACGGGGGCAUCGGGCGCUGCGCUGGUUGGUUCAGGCAGAAGUGGAAUGAUUGCAUGAAAGCCAUUCCUGUUCCCAUCAUCAACCACAUCCUCUGUGUUUCUAUGAAAUUCGACUUCCUGUGUGAUGUCAUGAGAAUCAUGACUCCGUGGUGCAGGGAGCAGAUUCCUGUGGAGAGGAACUUCGGUCAGCUGUACGAUCGGCUCAACGUUUCCAUGGAUCGUCUCUCCAGAGAGUUCCGCACCGAGGUCAUGGUCCAGGUCAGACCCGCCAGACCCGCCAGAACCACCAGACCCAUCAGAACCACCUGACCCAUCAGACCCACCAGACCCAUCAGAACCACCAGACCCACCAAACCCAUCCUCAUCCUCCUCUUCCUCCUUUCCCUCCUCCUCCUCGUUUUCCUCCUCCUCAGGGCGGUGCAGUACCUCCGCUCCUACAGGACAAACAUCUCUUUUGACAACGUCUACAUCACCUCCUACUUCAGACGGAUCGACGAGCGCAGGAGACGAGCGGGGAAACAUUUCCUGCUUCCUCUCAGAAAGUCGGAGAGAAAGCGGUUCAUCGCCCCGAUGAGUCCGAAGAUCAACUCUGACGAGCUGACACAAGUGGCCUCAGGAGGCUUUCAGGUUCUGGCCGUCUCACUGCUGUCCGCACUGCUGCUGGCCAUCGACUUCUCCCUGUUCUACGUCCUGGACAUCAUCACCAGACACACCUUCACCCAGUUCAACAUCACAAGUACACACACACACGCACACACACUC